AUGAUCAAAAGUAUGGAGUGUGUGAGGUACGUGCUGGACAAACCUGCUCAGUUUGAAAAAGAGAAGACAGAAGGUGAGUCAAACAUUGUUUGGUAUGACUUGACGAAACCAGUGCAUACAGAGUUGCACUCUGAUUACAUGCAGCCCCUGGCUGAGAUAAAAGCUCGAAACAAAAACCACAUCCAGGGCAUCCGACAUCUAGUGCAAAACCUGCGGCUGAUCAAAUCUCCUGCAGAGAUUGAAAGGAUGAAGAUAGCUGGACGGGUGACAGCAGAGGCUUUCACAGAGACAAUGUUUGCCAGCAAAUCCCCAGUGGAUGAAGCCUUUCUGUAUGCAAAGUUCGAAUUCGAGUGCCGGGCUCGUGGUGCUGACAUCUUGGCGUACCCCCCUGUUGUUGCUGGUGGCAACAGAUCAAACACUUUGCACUACGUGAAGAACAAUCAGCUCAUCAAGGAUGGUGAACUGGUCUUGCUAGAUGGUGGAUGUGAGUCUUCCUGCUAUGUAAGUGACAUCACACGUACCUGGCCCGUCAAUGGAAGGUUCACCAAACCCCAAGCAGAAUUAUACCAGGCUGUCCUGGAUAUCCAGAAGUCCUGCCUGAGCCUCUGCUCCCCAGGCAUGAGUCUAGAAAAUAUCUACAGCCUCAUGCUAAGCCUUAUUGGACAGAAACUGAAAGAGUUGGGGGUCCUAAAGAGCAGCAUCACUGAGAGCCACUUCUUCAAGGCUGUUCGAAAGUACUGCCCACAUCAUGUGGGCCAUUACUUGGGCAUGGAUGUUCAUGAUACCCCAGAUAUAUCCCGAUCGCUCCCGCUCCAGCCAGGCAUGGUGAUAACCAUUGAACCAGGCAUUUAUAUCCCUGAGGAUGACGUGAGUGCCCCAGAGAGGUUUCGUGGCAUUGGUGUGCGCAUUGAGGAUGACGUUGUGAUAACAGAGGAUGCACCUCUCAUCUUGUCUGCUGACUGUCCCAAGGAGAUCUACCACAUCGAGCAGAUCUGUGGCUCCUGAUGCCCCUUCUCUGCCUCUUUCAUCCUCCUCAGGAGGCGCAGCCCACCAGGGAUGCAGAUCCCUGUAGGUGGCUGUAGUUGUCAAGUGAUGGAGGGUGUGGACAGUUGAUGGGUGUUUCCAAAACUGGGGCUGGGAAGUAGAGUGCAAAAGGCUUGGGUACUUAGGGAUGAAAAAGCAAAGCAACCUUUUCUGUGUGCAUUUUCCUUCUGAUUUGCUUAGUGCUGAUGUUGAGCUGUUGUAGGACGUGGGGGUGGUUUCAUAUCUCUGCUUUGU